GAAACGGGAGGCGGCGCGCGGUGAGGGGUGUGUCCGAGGCGUGGAAAACGUGGGCGGAACGGGGGAAUAGAGCGAGACCCGGGAGUCGUCGCCCGUACCACCCGGAAUAGCCACACGGUCGCCUCGCACACGUCUCAUCUGAUCAUCUGAUCGCAGCGGUAACAUCAUCAUGGGCUGCUUCUUCUCCAGAAGGUCCGACAGGCGGGAUCGGGCGAGUUCGGGGCCGGAUGAUGAGGCGAGAGGGAAGGACGGUGUGGCUGUGGGACGGUACAGCUGGGACCUGCGGGAGAAGGUUGAUCCCAAGGAUUACAUGUUGACUGGCAUGAAGGAUGUCACUGCGGGUCGUCUACCUGGCAAACUGAACGGCCAGCAGUUUGUCAUCCAGGACUGCGAGAACUGCAACAUCUACGUGUUUGACCACUCGGCCACCGUUAAUAUCGAUGAUUGCUCAAACUGUCGGAUCGUGCUGGGGCCAGUUAAGGGCAGCGUGUUCUUCAGGGACUGUAAAAACGUCAAGUGUGCGGUGGCGUGCCAACAGUUCCGUGCACGGGACUGCAGUAAGAUGGACGUCUUCUUGUGCUGCUCCACGCAACCCAUCAUCGAGUCCUCCUCUGGCAUGAAGUUCGGGUGCUUCCAGUACUACUACCCCGAGCUGACUUUCCACUUCAAGGAUGCUGGGUUGAGUAUCUUCAACAACAACUGGAGUAACGUCCAUGACUUCAGCCCUGUCCCUGGGGAGAGCAACUGGAGUCUUCUGCCCGAGGAUGCUACAGUUCUUGACUACGUGCCUCUGCCAGAUGCAGAUUCCGAGUUCAGCACCAUCAGAGUGUCCACUGAGGCUGGCAAGAGCAUCGUACCCUUGACCCGUGCUGCAAGGGGCAAGGGUAGCGAUGAGUCCUGUCUCAUCGUGUUCUUCUCUGAUGACUACACCACUGCCAAUGCCCGAAAACUUAUUGAUAAGGCAACUGGAAAGGGAUUUGUCCUAAUCCAAACCAAGGAAGUUUCCAUACGUCCUGAAGAUGUCAAGAGAGUGUUCCAGAGCAAUGCAGAGGGUCUCAGUGAGUUUAUAACUAAGGGCCAAGUUGUUGCCCUGGAGUUAAAUGGUGAUGGGGUCGUGGAAGCCUGUCGUAGGAUUGCCAUCGAGGUCUUCGCUGGAACUAAACUGUUUGUUUCAGAAAACAAGAAUUCUUCUUCCAGAGAUGUGGACAACUUCUUCAACUUUGCAGACAUGCAGAUGGGGCUGUGAAACACUGAAGUUUGGACAAGCAAUAUAAAUAUGAUUUAACUAGCAGUAUUACUGCAAUUUGUAUUGUUCAUGUAUGUUACAUUUGCAUUCAGGCGCCACAAACAGGAUGUAUCUUUUAUCUAAAAUUGGGAGUCUCUGUUUAGCACUAAUAAAUUUAUUUUGCAAUACUUUUAUAUUUUGUGAACAUUGGUUAUAUGGUUAGGUCCCACUCUUGGGUGGGUCUGGGAUUCGAG